GUCUGUCCGGACCUCAUUGGCAAUUCAUGGUUCCUCACGCCCGGGUCUGUCAUUUGUUGUGAGUACGUGUGCCGCCGUUUUUCUUCUGUGUCUCCCGCUAGAAAACAUGCCUCCCAAGAAGAGAAAGGCAGGGGAGGAGGAACCGCAGGCUUCGAAGAAGGGAAAGUCGGACGAGAACGGGGAGGAAGCGCCGGGAGAGGGCGCAGCGGCCGAGGCAGACAAUGGGCACGGGGCCGCCGCCGAGACCUCCCAGCCUGCCGCCGCCGAUAAACCGCCACUCAAGCUUGAAGGGUCAAAGGUCGCUGGUGAGCUGCUGAUCUGUGGAGGAACCAACUGGGAUCUGAUUGGUCGAAAUCAGUUACCAAAGAAUGCAACGGGCAGUGCAAACAGAGGGCAGAACCUGUGGGGACCCCACCGUUAUGGCAGCAUGUCGGGUGUCAGGGUCCGCUCUGUCAUCUCAGGCCCCACAUCCGUACACAGUAUUCUCAUCACUGAGGACGGCAAGGCCAUGAGCUGGGGACGGAACGACAAAGGGCAGCUGGGUCACGGGGACACGAAGAGGGUAGACGUGCCCACCGUCAUCGAGAGCCUGGCGGGGUUUAACAUCGUGGAAGCAGCGUGCGGAAGGAACCAUACACUAUGUCUGACAGAUGAUGGGAAAGUGUUUGCCUUUGGUGAAAACAAGAUGGGUCAGCUGGGUUUGGGGAACGAGAACGCUGCCGUCCCCAGUCCAACUCAGAUCGUGUACACGGGACCACCAGUGGUGAAGGUAGCCUGUGGUGCAGAGUUCAGUAUGGUGAUAGACUGUCGAGGGGCCUUGUACUCGUUCGGAUGUCCAGAGUACGGACAGCUGGGAAACAACACAGACGGUCAGUACUUCGUAACAUCGAACAAGAUGGCGUACGACUGCGAGCUGGUCCCGCGCAGAAUCAGCGUCUUCAUCGAGAAGACGAAGGACGGCUUCAUCAACCCCAUCACUAACGUGCAGCUGGUCGACAUCAAAUGUGGCACCAAUCACACUGUUGCAUUGGACAAACAGAAGAGAGUGUUCACGUGGGGUUUCGGCGGGUACGGCCGACUCGGUCACAGCGAGCAGAAGGACGAGCACGUGCCCAGGCUGGUGAAGAUGUUCGACUAUCCGGGGCGCGGCGCCAGGACCAUCUACGCCGGCGCAUUCUACUCCAUGGGUAUCAUGGACAAUGGCGGUCAGCUGUACCUGUGGGGGCAGACAAAGACCACCGGAGAGGCCAACAUGUACCCCAAGCCUGUCCAGGACCUGAGCGGCUGGGACGUCAGGAGCGUGGGCUGCAGCAACCGCAGUAUCGUGGUGGCCGCGGACGACAGCACCAUCAGCUGGGGACCCAGCCCCACCUACGGGGAGCUGGGCUAUGGUGAGAACAAGGCCAAGUCAUCAACCAUUCCUAAAGAGGUGAAGACAUUGGACGGCAUCUACAUCCACAAAGUCUCAUGCGGGUACGGGCACACAAUCUUCAUCGCCCGCAACGACAGCGAAGAGGACAAGGCAAAGAUCAAGGCAUUGCCAGAGUACAAUCCAAAAUGAUCACUUGCUUGUACUGUACAUGGCGCUAUGGUUCGGGCCAUUUGCCCAAUUAACAACUGAUGCAAGUCUGUGUGACGUAUCAGUUAUCGAGUCAUUUUGCACACCAUUUUCGGUGUGCGUUGGACUUGCAUUACGUUCUUGUUGGAUUCAGUUCACGUUCCUUUGGAAGUUAUAUUGCUGGGAUGAAGGAUUUUAUAUUUUCCAGCCCAGUUUCUAGCUGAAGGUAAUGCAAGGAAUUAGAAGAAAAUAAUGGCAGUUAAAAACAUAGUAGCUCAACAAUGACUUGUAGCUGGAGUGUGCAAUCAGGGCAGAAUCAAUUCAAGUUUGCGGUUGUUGAUCUUUAACCAUGGAAACUGGUUGCUGGUUGCCACGGACAUUUCCAUGGUUACAACAGUCACAAAAAAACAACGAUAUAAGGAUUUGGUAAAAGGUGGCUUGGGUAGAAAAAAGGGUAUACAGGUAUAUCAGCAAGUUAUGGGGAUACACAUUAAGCAUAAUCAGCUACAUCGCCCAUGAUUUGGCUUGGACAAUCUUUUUUUUAGAUGGGAGAGCAUUGUUGAUGUUUAUGGGUUUUGGCUCAUGAUACUUUGUGGCCAAUUAUCUUAAAAAUAUUGUUUGAGUCAGUAUUUUGAGUGUGCAGAUGAUCCAAAAUUGUCGGAAAUAUGGAAACUUGUAUUCGUCCGAGGCUUCUGUGGUAAUUAACGGUAUUGCUAUUCAAUAUUAUUUGUCCUUUUCUAGAUUUUUCCUCUUUCCAGUAGCUUAAUUCUGAUUACUUUUCCUGUGAUUACAAGCUGCACUUAUUAAGUAAGUUUCUACAUGUACCAUAUACAUGUGGCAUUUAGCUUGAGUGAUCACAAAAUAGUAAUAUCAUACAAAUGACAGAUGAAAGACCAGAUGAAGCCCCAAGCCAGGAUUUGCAACCUCUCACCAUCAUUUUUGUUUCGUUUUGUUGGUUAUUCUUUAUUGUUCUUAUGUCAGUUCUGCACAGUCACUACUUAAGUACAUUGUACAAAGAUUUCUCCUUAGUUUAUCUUUCACAAGUAGUUAGUGAUAAGCACAUCACCCUAUAGCAUUUGACGUUAACGCACACAAUACUUACAAACAAGGUCUACGAAAUGAGUCAUACUCUUAGGGCUUUUUAAGAUUCAUGGUUUGUCUGUCUCUAACUAUACAAGGUAUGAUUUCUAAAACCAUAAGCUACAGGGCUUCCUGGGAAUAUUUUCUUCAUUUUGAAGUAAGUUUUUUCUGAUAAAUGAGUGGUGAUCAGAUUUGGAUAUGGUAGCUGUAUGGGAAGGUUUUCUCAUGUACAGAAAAAGUGGAAUAAUCGUCUUGAUAUUUUUUGGCAAUACCUGCAGGGCGGAGCCAGUAGGUUCCACUCUUGUACAUGUUGAUAAGGGUAGAAAUUUUGUGAACUUGGAGUCACACUGAUUUUGGGGGUAGAUGCAAUUAAAAUGGAGCUUUUGUUGCUUUCAUAGUUCGUGUUGUGCUGAUAUUGAACCAGUCCAACAUGUUGCAGUGUGUCUGUACAUCUACUGUGUAGAAUGUGUCUAGUUAUGGUAGUUAUUUUCCUAACAGGGUCAUAGUAGUUUUUGUGGUGCAAGAAACUGUCAAAAAGGUGGUCUUUUGAUGAUCAUCUAACUGGUUGGAAUUGUCCUUGAUGCUAUUUUUGAAGCAUAAAAAGAGUCUGUCUAUGGCAGAGGUUGUUAUCUUCUAGCAAGAUACUUGACCCUUUGUAAAUGCUCCUUAUAGAGCAAUGGAGUUGGUGAUCAAGUCUUUGGAUAAGCCACUUUUUCCAGUGCAUUUGUCUGAUCAGACAUCCAUACAUACAAAAUGUCAAGUUUGCCAUUUGUUAUUACCACUACCAGACAACAGCAUUAGACAAAUGUUGACAGUAUUGUUGCCAUGACAGUCUUAGUAUUGUCCUAGUCGUUCAUUAUACUCCAUAACUCAGGAACCCAUCCAUCCGACCACCCAGUCUAUUUUCUUGGUUCCUGAGAAUUUUCCUUUAGUUAAAGAAACAUUUCUUGACUUUCACGAUAACAGCUGCAUGUGGUUUAAAAUGGCAGCUGUUGUUGCUGAAUGUUGUACACAGUAUUUAGAGGUGCUGACAAAAAGAAAAAAGGUGCUGCUAAUUUUGCAGUUCCAACGUUGUGGAUGAAAUUCAAAUUUGUGCAUGAACAAAGUUGUUGAUUUAUCUACAGAAAUUGGUAAGGAUAUUUUGCAACUUAGUAGGGACAAUUUACAGCAAAUCACUUGCAAAAAUUUAAAAUCUGUUUAAAUUCAAUAAUUAAAAAGUAAAAAUGUUUUGCCAAAUGUCAUUAUUGCAAACAAGACAAGUUUGCUUUCUUAUCUAAGUUCAGAUGAUGCCAUAUGUAAAAUCUAGUUUGUGUGAAAGAAAACAAAAGAAUUGUGGCAGGAAACCUUUGAAAUAGAUUGGUGUGGUCACAGCCUACAAACAUUUUGUACUGGGACAUGAAGAUCAUUGUUGUGCACUCUUAUCAUUACAGGGCUCAAAUUGUCAUGUUAUACAAUGUAUAUAUAUGACACAUGGUCCAAAGUCACCGAGCACAAGACAAUCCUAAUAUUAGGCUAGCCCCUGAGGCGUCGCCAAAAACACUCUUUACUACACUGUAACAGCUGAAUGCAAAAUUAAUGUUAUCAAUUGAAGGAAAAAUUGCUCUAAAAGUUUGCCAGCUCAAGCGUGCUCCCUUCUAAGAUGGAGUCACUUCCUUUGUUGUACAUUGUAACUGUGCUGUGGAAAAAUCAGUGUUCAUAGAAUUGGGGAAGUUGGAUGUCUGAAAGUUUGGGGACCAGGCAAAGUGUUGGAUGAUGAAAACAGAUUUUGCACAACUGAUAAGACAUGAUGUUUGACAGAGUUACAGCUUCGAACAACAAAAUAGUGCUUUUUGUUGAUCACUCCAAGUUUUGAUGGCUCCAGGUCCCUGAAACUUUUCACAUAUGAAAGCAUUAUGUCUUCAUGAUCAUUCUCUUAUGGAAAUCAAACCCUGUUCUUCCAAAUCCCUUGUUCUGUGAGGCACUUAAAUGAAGAAGAAGGGAAUGAUAAGUGCUGGGCAUCACAACUGCAAAUGGGACAUUUUGUGCAGUACUUUUUCCCAUAUCAUUUUAAUGACAUGAAAAGUGAACUGCUGGCUCGUAGGACCAAUAUUUUACCACAUGUGCUUUACUGCAACUCAUAACGAAUACUAGUAGUAAAUGAAAUAGUUGUGGCGAGGUUAAUACAUUGUUCACCAUAUAUAGAUGCAGAUGUUUGAGCUGAUGAAAUGUGAAGGUAGCCAUAAUACAUUUUUCUUACAGUAAUUCGUUGAGUAAAAAUCUGUAUGAUAUUAUGAGAUGUAACAACGUAUCACUUUUAUGCUGAUGCAAAAGUUCUCUGAAUUUUCAUUAGUUUUGUGUCAGCAUUUGAAGGUGAUGUUUCAUCUUUCAAUUGGUCUACUGUUGCAAAUAACAAUUAUUAUCGUGGUAAACAUGGAUGAUUGGUGUAUGGUGAUUUAUACUGAUGUGGUUAACUCUCAACUGUUGCUUCUAUGUAAUAUGUAUGUGAACAGAUAACAAUACAUGCAUCUAUCAGUGUAAACUACAGUACAAGGGGGACAUCUUUUAGCAGCGCAUCCCUUAGACUUUGCAUUUAAAAACUGCAGAGAAACUGUGGAUUUGUGUAAUGACUCGAAAUGUUGAAAACUGUACAUUUGUUAAAACCAGACUGAGUUUAUGACUACCUUGUAUGUUCAUUAUUCUGCAAAGAUGAGGGUAAAACCAUGACUUAAAGCAAAUAGUGUUGAGGAUAAACUGUCAUUGUAAUGAAAACAUAUUGUACAAAGGCUUCAGCUAGUUAGAUACAUUGUGUAAGGUCCCACCAUCCACUGAUUGGUCACUCGCGGUCACAUGACUCUCCAUCAACCACAGAAGGUCUCAGCACAUAUCCCAUAAAGCAUUCUUUUCCAUUUACUGAAGUUUGGGGAUUUGACCAUCAUGGUGAUAAAUUCUCUGAAUCAUGAGUUCCUUUUUCUUUUUUAGACAGUUUGUGUUUUUGCUUUGUGUUUUGAUUAUGCUACAUUUUAUUUUCAUAUCACUUAACUACAAAGCAGAUGACUUCUUCAAAUUUGUAUUUGGUGGGAGAGAGAUAGAUCAAGGGGGUCCUUUUGAACUUGAAAUAAAUCCUCCUUAAAUCAACUGACUUAACUAAAGCUUAAAGUGUAACCAGUGAGCUUAUUACAACUUUUUCACUUCAAUAUUAGAUUGUGCACCACUUGUAUUAUAAUGGUUGUUCUUCCACUAUACUGUUAGUACUUGUAUGUAAAUGUCCAUUUUGUAAUUAAUGUGGACCUUUUCUGAGUAACUGUAGAUGUAUUUUGUGCAAUAUAUGCCACAAAUAAAAACCAGUGAGAACAUGG